ACGUCUUUCUCCUGCAAGAGUUCACCCCAGUGCUGUUGGAAGGUCGCGGGACAGUGCACUACCUGUGCUGCCCUAGGGCUGUUGAUGUCCUCAGCUGUUGUAGGAGAAACACCAGACCUGGAACCCAGUUUGUUACUGGACUUGUGGAAGAGGAAACACAAAGAUUUCCAAAUGAAUAACCGAAAGGAAGAUAUGGAGAUCGCUUCCCACUACCGUCAUCUGCUGCGUGAGCUUAACGAGCAGAGGCAACACGGCAUCCUCUGCGACGUCUGCAUUAUCGUGGAGGGCAAGAUAUUCAAGGCUCACAAAAACGUUCUGCUGGGGAGCAGUCGCUACUUCAAAACGCUCUACUGCCAGGUCCAGAAAACCUCCGACCAGGCCACCGUCACCCAUUUGGACAUCGUAACUGCACAGGGCUUCAAAGCCAUCAUUGACUUCAUGUAUUCCGCGCACCUCGCGCUGACCAGCAGGAACGUCAUCGAGGUGAUGUCGGCCGCGAGCUAUCUGCAGAUGACGGAUAUCGUACAGGCCUGCCACAAUUUCAUAAAAGCAGCUCUCGACAUCAGCAUCAAGUCUGAUGCCUCGGACGACCUCGUCGAUUAUGAACUGGGAGCCCCUUCCAGCAGCAGCACGGACGCGUUGAUCUCGGCGGUGGUAGCUGGCAGGAGUAUAUCGCCCUGGCUGGCGCGGAGAACGAGCCCGGCAAACUCUUCUGGAGAUUCAGCCAUCGCCAGCUGCCACGAAGGAGGGAGUAGUUAUGGAAAAGAGGAUCAAGAACCAAAAGCGGAGAGCCACGAAGACAUUUCAUCCCAGUCUCUUUGGACUAGUGACAUGGGCUAUGGGUCUUUACGUAUCAAAGAGGAACAGGUUUCGCCGUCGCAUUAUGGAGGGAGUGAACUACAUUCUGCCAAGGAUAGUGCAAUACAGAAUGCCUUCUCAGAACAAGGAGUAGGGGAUGGCUGGCAGCCCACCGGGCGCAGGAAGAACAGGAAAAAUAAAGAAACUGUGCGGCAUAUUACACAGCAGGUGGAGGAUGACAGCAGGGCAAGUUCUCCAAUGCCCUCUUUUUUGCCUGCCUCAGGAUGGCCGUACAGCAGUCGAGACCCAAGUGCUGAUGUGACAGUGACAGAGCCCAGCAGCUCUGACAGCAGAGUGGAGCGGCCGGACCCCUACGUGAGCGUGGAGGAAGCCCUCCUCGGGGGGGAAGCCAGCUACAUCUCCCAGCCCCUCACCCCGGAGAAGGAGGACGCCCUCCAAGCUGCCACCGUGGCCAACCUGCGCGCGGCUCUCAUGAGUAAGAACAGUUUGCUGUCUCUGAAGGCCGACAUGCUGGGAGAGGAUAGUUCUCUGCUCUUUGAGUACUUGCCCAAAGGCACGCAUUCGCUCUCUCGGCCUGGCACCAACUUGAAUCGUUCAAGGGGCGAAUGUGAUGGCAAAGUGGAAGCACCAUCUCCCCCGCUGCCUUCUUCACACCUUGCCUCUCAGAGCCCCCCCGAGGUCUGCUCUGCUGGUGAAAUGUCACCAGAACCCAUGAUAAAAGGAGAGGUGCCUUCCUCAACCCAGGCCGCUUACGAUGGAUUUUUAGCACUUUGGCAGUUUGAUAACUCAGAUUCGGAUACGAGUUUCUCGAGAUCUGAAGACACAGAUAUACACCCGGAUGGCCAGUUCCUGGACUCAGCCCUGGCCAGGAGGUUGAGCUGUGCUUUCUGCGGGAGGCUUUUCCCCUGCACUGAGGAGCUGAAGGAGCACAUCCAUGAACAUGCUCUCUCCAUGCUUCUCCCCUGGGACUUGGUUGGCUGCUCCCGGCCCGAGGGCGUCCCUCCCGGCCAGCUCGCCCGCUUCCACUGCUCCAAAUGUCCCGCCAGCUUCACUCUGAAAUCCAACAUGGACCGGCACGAAAAGACCAUCCACUUCAACUUCAACGAGUUCACAGUCAUCAGGAAGAAGUUCAAGUGCCCGUACUGCAGUUUUUCGGCCAUGCAUCAGUGCAUCCUGAAGAGACACAUGCGAUCCCACACGGGAGAGAGGCCCUAUCCCUGCGAGAUCUGCGGGAAGAAGUUCACCCGCCGGGAGCACAUGAAGCGACACACCUUGGCCUUUCAGCCCUGUAAAGUGAAGGGACGGGUAUGGACAGAAAACGAGAGGAGGCAUCCCGUCAUUCCAGAAAUGAUGGGCUCGGUGAGGUGGUCUGACCUGCGUGUCCUGCUGGCCCUGCUCUGCACGUGCGGGCUGUUCGUGGUGUCGGUCAACGAGUUCACAGUCAUCAGGAAGAAGUUCAAGUGCCCGUACUGCAGUUUUUCGGCCAUGCAUCAGUGCAUCCUGAAGAGACACAUGCGAUCCCACACGGGAGAGAGGCCCUAUCCCUGCGAGAUCUGCGGGAAGAAGUUCACCCGCCGGGAGCACAUGAAGCGACACACCUUGGUAAGGGAGGGGGUUAAGAGGUGA